GAUGCCGGUCUGGCGGCGCUGGAUCCGGCCGCUCGCCGUGCUGCUGUUCGCGGUCGUGCUCGCGGUGGCGCUGCCGCUGUGCGCGUGGGAGCUGCGGAGAGCCGAGGUGGGCACACACACUAAAGCGUGGUUCAUUGCAGGUGUGUUUGUGUGUUUGACGAUCCCUAUUUCACUGUGGGGGAUUUUACAACAUCUGGUUCACUACACACAACCUGAGCUACAGAAACCCAUCAUCAGGAUUCUCUGGAUGGUUCCCAUAUACAGCUUAGACAGCUGGAUCGCGCUAAAAUACCCCAAGAUCGCCAUCUAUGUGGACACGUGUCGGGAAUGCUACGAGGCGUACGUCAUCUACAACUUCCUGAUGUUCCUGCUGAACUUCCUGGAGAAUCAGUAUCCCAGUCUGGUGCUCAUGCUGGAGGUGCAGGAGCAGAGACCCCUGCUGCCCCCUUUCUGCUGCUGCCCACCCUGGGCCAUGGGAGAACAACCGGUUUCUUUGUCUCUGUGCUGUAGUGUGUGUCAGCUGUGUGGAGUUUAUGAUGAAGGUAAUUUCAGCUUCAGAAACGCCUGGACGUACCUCAUUAUCGUCAACAACGCCUCACAGCUGUUUGCGAUGUACUGCCUGUUGCUGUUCUACCGAACGCUGAGAGAAGAGCUGAAGCCUCUGAGACCCGUCGGCAAGCUGCUCUGCGUCAAACUCGUCGUCUUCGUGUCCUUCUGGCAGGCUGUGCUGAUCGCUCUGCUGGUGAAGGUCGGAGUGAUUUCAGACAAACACACUUGGGAGUGGGACAGCGUGGAAGCUGUAGCCACGGGACUACAGGACUUCAUCAUCUGUCUGGAGAUGUUUCUGGCAGCAAUCGCUCAUCACUACAGUUUCAGCAGUCGUCCGUAUGUUCAUGAGGAUGAUGAAGGCUCAUGCUUCGACUCGCUCCUCGCCAUGCUGGACGUCUCAGACAUACGCGCAGACAUCGCAGAGCAAGUGCGCAACGCCGGCCGUACGGUGUUCGGUCGUCCCCGUAAGCUGUUCUUUGGCUCUGAAGCGGAUGUUGUUCAGGGUGAACACACCGGUCUCCUCGCUGGGACUUCCCACGAGCGCCACUCAGUCCCCGCCUCCCCGCAGGGGCGGUACCAGGGGCUGGGCUACACGGACACGCCCCACUCAGUCUCCGCCCCCGCCGGCUUCACAUCCUCCUCCUGGGAGAGUGACAGCGACUCGGGGCCUGCGGCGGCCAAUCAGAGCACAGGAACAGAGUCCUAGCAAACGGUGCGGUGAGGCUACGGGAUAAUAAAGACACUCAGACGUACAGUGAAGACCUGUUCACAUCUGGAUAAUGCAAACAGAAAUUAUUCAAAAUAAUCUCCAUUUCAGUCUCCAUGAAAACUUUACCUGAAUUGAAGUAA